GUCACUGGUCAAGGUAUCCAUCAUGGCGUCUGCCUGUGCGUUGCAUUGGGUACCUGAUUCGUUGUAUAACACAGCCGUUUCAGCUAUCGUAGCUUCAUAUCCAAGGGGCAGAAGGGAUUUAAAGGUUCUACCAGAAAAUGUGCAGUUUGAUAUUUAUUAUAAGCUCUACAGUAAGGGAAGGCUGUGUCAGUUGGGAAUGGAAUUUAGUGAUUUAGAUACAUUUGCCAAAGUUUUAAAGGUCAAUGACAAAAGACACCUGCUACACCACUGUUUUCAAGCCUUGAUGGAUCAUGGUUUACGGGCAUCAGGAAUCCUGGCUGAUUCUUUUGUUGUCCGUGUGUCAGAAAUAAUGAAGAAAGAUCAGUACACAAAAAUAAGAUAUCUACAGCUUGGAUUUAAUUUAGGUGGUUUUCUGAGUGAUGCAGGCUGGUUUCAAGACAGUGAACGUGUGUACAAAGCUUGUGCCGAAGUGUGUCAGGCAGAGACGGAUACUGGCAGUCUGUGUAGAGCUCUGGAAUGCAGUGUCAGAUUACUGCAUGUACAGAAUGCCAACUGUAAGUACAGAGAGGCAGACCAGACCUGCAGGGAAGCAUUCCGACUGAUGGAGAUUCUAGCCCAGCAUGGGAUAACAGUCAGCAAGUCAGCUCUCUACACAGAAUGCUGUGCUUUGCUGUUUGCAGAAAGUCAGUACGAUGAGGCUUACAAGUAUUGUACACUUGCUCUGCAUGAACUGGCUCCCUCUUUGUCUCAUAAGGCUGUGGUGGAUGUGUUGCGGCAGUGUUCCAAGGCGUGUGUCGUAAAGAGAGAGUUUGAAAAGGCAGAAGUGCUUAUCAAACAAGCAGUUGCAUAUGCAAGGGAGCAUUUUGGAAGCCAUCACCCGAAGUAUUCUGAUGCUCUUCUGGACUAUGGUUUCUAUCUCCUCAAUGUAGAUUCUAUACCUGGGUCUGUGUGUGUGUACCAGAUUGCCCUCGACAUCCGACAGGCUGUGUUUGGAGGUAACAAUCUGUAUGUGGCCAUUGCCCAUGAGGACCUAGCAUAUGCAUCGUAUGUGGAGCAGUACAGUUCGGGCAGAUUCCAGAAGGCCAAUUUUCCUUUUUGCAGGGAUCAUGCUGAAAAGGCGAUAGAGAUUUUGUGCAAUAUUCUUCCAGUAGAUCACUUAUUACUUUCCUCUUCGAAAAGAGUCAAAGCUCUGAUCCUGGAGGAGAUAGCCAUUGACAGCCACAACAAGAAGAUGGAGGACCAGCUACUGCAUGAAGCCCAGGACCUUCACCUUCAGUCCCUAGAACUGGCCAAAAAGGCCUUCGGGGAGAACAAUGUUCAGACAGCCAAACACUAUGGCAACCUAGGCAGACUGUAUCAGUCCAUGCACAGAUACAAGGAAGCGGAAGAGAUGCACCUGAAGGCGAUAGAGAUCAAAGAACGACUGCUGGGGCCUGAGGACUAUGAAGUGGCUCUAUCUGUCGGACAUCUUGCCUCAUUGUACAACUACGAUAUGGAGAAAUUUGAUGAGGCAGAAAAACUUUAUCUACGUUCAAUAGCAAUAGGUCAGAAAUUAUUUGGCGAGGGCUACAGUGGUUUGGAAUACGACUACCGUGGGCUGCUGCGCCUGUACCACAAUGUAGGCAAACAACAGCUGGCUUUACAUUAUAGUAACAUCCUACAGCGAUGGAACCACAUACGAGACUCACACAACAUGGAGGAAGUGAAACCUCUGGACUACACUGUCACACAGUCUAUACACCAGAUUAUCGAUGCCUACUUCUGAUGUGACGUGUAGUUGAUGUUUUCUGUCAGUCACUGCCAGGACUCAAACAAUGUUAGUUACAGGAAUCAUUGAGCUGGCAGCAUGUUUCUGUGAUAUACAGGAUGGUGAGCCAAGAUUUGUUUCUGAAGCCUCACCCACACUGCUCAUAGCAAAGUGGGAGACCUUGUGAUAGAAACCGUACAGAGGAUCAGAAAGCUGGGGAGUGAUUUCUUUGCAGACUGUCAGUUGGAAUUGAGUGGAUAAAGGAUCCCUGUAGCUAUGAAUUCUGUAUUGGUAAUGGUUGGUUGUGGUGGUAGCUGCAGUUUAUCAGUGGGACACAAGGUGGCAGGACCUCUUUAUCAACCUCGUCAGUGAUGCUGUGUGUUGUAGAGCUCACGAACCGUGAUUCUAGUUACAACGAAUGGAAGUCAUGAGGGUGCGACAUCACAAUGUUGACACUGCUGGAAUUACAGGAUCUAAAACUAUCUUGUUACUGGGAACAUACAUUGUGAUAUGACACAUGUAUUUAUUGACUGUAGUGUUCCGUGUUACAUAUAUUAUCACAGAACUAAUGAAGAUGAAGCUCAAGGGGAGAUAACUCAAGACACCGAGGUAUAGACGAUGGAGACAACCUUAUCUGAAAUAUAUGGGCAUUGAUAUAUGUUCAAUUUCACACUGUACUUGCAGCUAUGUGUGUUUGUGUGGAAGCUGUUAGAAAGACAAUUUUGAUAUGUUCACACUCUGAGCAUAUUUCAGCUAUAUUUUCUAAUGGUGGACAGUCAUGGACAAUGUAUAAAAAUCAUAAUAUGAUGUUCAUUUACAGAAGACAGGAGUUAAGAAAUGUGCUACAACAUGUUACUUGAAUCAUGUACAUUACGAUCACAAAUAAUCAAAUAUUGCCAAUGAAUGGACUGCAUGAAUCUUGCAGUCAUACAUUAUCUUAAUGUAAUGUUCCCUGUAUUUUCUCUUGUCUAUGCUUUUUAUUUAUAAUUUAUUCUUUGUUUUAUGUUACUUAUGAUUUGUCAUGCAAUCUGCCCAAUGUUUUGUGCUGAGGUUUUGACAACAUCAAAACUGCUGAGUAGUCAAGAAUGUGGGUGUAAGAACGGCUGCAGGGCAUGCAUAGUAGUGCUGUAGUCUUUGUUGAUUAUCAUAUUUUCCAUUGUUUAUACCAUAAUGUCCAAACACAUCAAUCAUUUCACCAUGUCGGCACUUUCAUUCAUCAUGGUCAUGUUCCUGUAUUGUUCCGUUGUCCUGACUGUAUGUUCAGUUGAUAUUGCAUUUGAGUCACAGCAGCAUUGAUUAAAUUAAAAUGUUUAGAACAGCAUCUGGGCAUGCUGUGUUAAGUCAGUUCUUAGGAUAGUACAUGCAUCAGAGCCAAUAUUCAUAUUUUAAUGACUGUAGUUGUUUCUUGAUAAAUGCUGAGGAACCUUGAACCAUGUGGAUUUGCCUAUCAUCUUUGGGUCAAUGGUCAUCAAAGGCAUUGCAAUUCGUAUCCUUAUGAUCAUGAAUUGCAGUUACCAGCUGAUUAGGCUUGUUGGCUUGACAGUACAAUACCAUUGAUUAUCAGUUUCACAAACAUAACCAUGGUAACUGUACAAGACAUACAUCACCAUGAUGGCUUUCUCCCAGGUGAACCUGAUGUGAUAUAAAUUAAACGCUGUUCAUAGGGGUGUUAAACCAAUCUCACACACUGAAACUGUGUCAGUAACCCGUUCAGAAGCAGUGGGGUGGCCUAGUGGUUAAAGUGUUAGCUUGCCACAAAAGUCAUAGGUUUGAUUCACACAUGGGUACAGAGCGCAGCCUAUUUCCAGGUGUCCCCUGUUCAAAUACUGCUCAUCACACCAUUAAAUUAAACUAUUGGAUACUUCUGAAUAAGAUUCCUCAUGUGCUCCCAGGCUUCUCCAUCAGUUUUCCUGAGAGCCCCUCUUGUAAAUGAACUCACACAAGAUUAAAACCAUGUUUGUUUUACAGACUGAAAACUGACCCAGUCUGCUUCCAAAUGAUGUAUGUUUUGUUUGUCCUUGGAAUGUUACAAGUUGAAGCAAGAAACUGUUUGUUGAAACAACACGCUAAAAUAAAGUUGUCCCCAAGUCAUGCAGUUAAUUCUUAUGUUGUACUUAUUAUCCAAAUGGAAUUUCAUGAUGACGUCAUUAGUUUUCCACUCAGAAACUACUGAAUAUGUAAAUGACAGCAUUUGACAAGGAUGUUUUGAACCAUAUUUAUUGAAGAUAUGUAGCUUCUACAAAGUGUUUUCUUCAAGAUAAUCCACAAUAUUCUGUGGCAACUGCAGGUACUUCCAUCAGUACUGAUGGCAGAUGCUUAUUUAAGAACUUCCUGAAAGAUUAAAACUCCAUUACCUGUUGUAAAACACUAGACAAUGUCAGAAGGCUACGGUUUUGAUCCAGUAACUGAAAAAUCUUCUGAACAUCUCAGAAGUGGCAAAUCUUUACCAUGCAACAUCUGCCACAGGCUUUCAGUAAUCUUGGCUACAAAAUGCUGGCUAAAAAGAUCGAUAAUCCGAAAUAUUGUCAGUAGGAAGUAUCAUCAAUGAUUGUCAUCAAUAUGUAUAUUGUGUCAUCGAUAUUAUCAUACAUAAACUAUUGCAAAGAAAUAUAGAAAGAAACAUUUACCGACACAAUACACCAAGCUACAUUUUUAUUCUGGACUGCUAAAUUAAGUUCAGAACACUGUUUUGUUCAUAAUAAGUCACCACUCACCAGUGAUGUGAAGUAUGGUGAUUUCUUUCAGACAUUUUUUUUCAAAGUUAUUUCUAUGAUAUUUAUAGAUAAUCAAUCAAUAUUUAGUUAACGAUUGUCAAUCUCUCUGAUCUAUGUCGAUGGACAGCCCUAGUCUUCUCUCCACGUUCCUUUGACUAUGAUAGUUUCUAAUUGAUCGGCCAUCUUGUUUACUGGUUUGCUCUCCUAAAGGGAGGUAAUUAUCAACGAAAAAACUUCCUUCAACCUAUGUUGAUUAUUUUAGGGUUUGCUCAAAGUUUGCCAACUGUGUAGAACUUAAUUGACUUCCAUGAGUUGGACACAGCCUCAUUCUAUUACUUGACUUGGACUAGAUACAGACCACAAUUACAGCUCGUAUCAACUGUAGAUGCUAUGUAUUCACUGGUGAUGGAGGUGAGUUGUGAAUACAUACAAAUCUGUGAAGUAGUGACAAUGAUGUUUCAGUCCAAUCAUCUGUACAAUACAGAUUGUGAUGGCAAUGCCACAGGUAACCAGGUCUAGGUCAAGUCUAAGGUCAAGUCACCUUGGUGAGUGGGUUCAUUGUCUGUGUGACGAGUUGACUUCUCAUCCUGCAAAAUGUGAUCUGUCAUAUAGAUUUAUUUGUCUUUGAAAAUAACAAUGCAUCUGAAUAGAGAGAUUGUAAAAUGUGCCAUUGAAUUCAACUCCAUGGUAACUGUCAACAUGGGAAUUUCACCAGUUGCUUCAGAAGGUUAUAAUGCAAAUUUCCUGUUCAUGUUACAUAAGACAAGAGGGGAUUUCAGUGUUCAAAAUAAUAAGUGGUUUGAGAUCCUUUGGUAUUUGAAUUGAGGGACCACUAAAUCUCGAAAACUCACAUCAGGAUUACCACAAUGCUCCCUUGAUUUUCAAACAUCGAAGGUUUAGCUGUUACUUAACAUGCAUGGUGCUACCAAAUUGAUGGCUGGCAUCGGCAAACCAUUAUAAUGAUUCCUGUGAUGUGUUCAGUCAGUUUCUUAAAAACAUGCCAUGGGAGAACAAUAUGCAGAAGCUUUGGUUGCAGAGAGUAUUUUAUUGAUGUUCACCGCCUUGACAUGUCUACCAACAUAUCUUAAAUGAAUUUUUAUUCCCCAAAAUUUGUCAUAGUUUAUACGCUUAACCAGAAUUUCUGCAUGGCUUGAAUUGAAGAAUGAUGAGUUUUAUUUCAUAAUUUAAAAAAUUCAUUGUACAUAAGAUAUGUUUGUCAGAGGAGAAUGGAACAAAUUGCAUUGUUCUUUCUGUGGGUUUGUGGUUUUAAAGUGGAAUAUCAUCUCAGGGCAACAACUGACAUAUCAUCUGAAAGAAUUAGUAAGUUUGUUCAAUGACAAGAGUCUUGGUGUUUGUAUGGCUUCCAGUACAGAGCUUACAGUGGCAACUUGUAAAGUAAAGUUGCAGUGCUUCCCAAGUGUUUUGUAUCAUGUAUUAUCUUCUCUAGUUUAAUACCCUCUGUCAUAAGAUGAAAAACAGCCAAAUGAAUUCCUCAUAUAAAGGUUUUUUUUAUGUUUAAUUGCAUGUGAAAAAAGCAAAUAGAACUUAUCCAGUGCUGAUUGUCAUGUGUUGUGUAUUUUUCCUUGAUUUUCCAUCUUAAACCUACUGUUUGUGUUCUUAUGUGAUGUGUUACUGAUUCAGUGCCAUUGAAUCUUAAGGCAACUAGCCUCUACACAUAGUAUCAGCUAAUAUAAUCAGUCCCUACUAGUUUCAUGAUCCUGUUGACCUUCAUUUGUUGAAGAUUGUUGAGUGCUGUUACGAUACACAUUAUCAUUAUAUUAUCUCCUGUUCUCAGAAUACAUGAUGUGUAUGAAACAGGAAACUUGUCACAUAGAACUAAAUAUGAAUAAAAGAUCUGACAAGAACAGUAUGUGAAAUGAGUUAAUUGGACAAGUUUAGCCUUGAGAUAUAUACAAGCCAUCAGAAAACCUGUACUUUGCCUUGUAACUGCCCUCAGAGUAUGCUCGAAUUUGAGUGAACACAUGUCAUCAUACAUAAACAUGCCAUUGUACUGCAAGAUUUCCACUGUGCAGCUGCAUAAGAGAAUUGAUCCUGUGUCAAUGUGGAUGUGAUCAUAAACACCUGUUGUCAGAGAUAACUGUAACUUGUAGCAUUGGGAUGAGGGUUAUGCCACAGGUCCUAGUGUCUGCGAGCAUUAAAGAUUAAAAAUAUAAUUUUUAUAGAUGACCAUUGACUCUGAAAUGCAUCACAGUGCAACACAUCAUGACAUGGUCAUUAUAUAUUGUAGUGUGAAGCAUUUCGAGUCAGGGGGUCAUUUCAAUUUUUUAUAUAUUUUUAAAUCUUUAAUCCUCGCAAAGACCUGUGGGAUAUACAGUUUUAUGCAUCCUGUGUUAGGUUUUAUCCAUCGGGCCGGUGGUGAGGUGGAUAAAACCUAACGAGGGACUCAUAAAAGCCUGUAUACCCUGAGAUGAUAAUGCUACAAUGAAUUUUUCUUACUGAAUGUUUGAAUCUCUCAUUAUGUAAAUAUAUAACAUUAAAACAAACUGAAAUUCAAUCAUAUAUUUUACUAACAUGGUACUGACUAGUCGAUCCAAACCAUUGGUUCACGGUGCCCUGACUGCCGUGGAUGCAUGCUUUUUCCAUGGGGUGGGGUAUAAAUGGUUUAUUCUCCUUCACAAAGAUUUAUACCCCGCUUGGGCGGUGUACAGCCAUGCACGGGGCAUACAUGGUAAUUUGUUCAAGGUCAUGUGAACCAAUCAGGGAUGAACAUUCUUACAUGAGGUAGGAUAAAGGUGCUUGCCAUAAGUGUAAAGGCAGUUCAGACACAUGUUGUCAGAGGUUACAGGUGCUUGCCAUGCGUGUCAGGGCAGUUCAGACACAAGUUGUCAGAGGUUACAGGUGCUUGCCAUGAGUGUAAAGGCUGUUCAGACACAAGUUGUCAGAGGUUACAGGUGCUUGCCAUGAGUGUAAAGGCUGUUCAGACACAAGUUGUCAGAGGUUGAAGGUGCUUGCCAUGAGUGUAAGGGCAGCCUGUGUUUAGACACCUUUGAUUUAAGGUUCAUAAAGGGAUGAGAGAAAGCCUGCAAAUUAUAUUGAAAAAUGGCAAAGCUGGGAAUAAAGUUGGUCACAUGUUCUGGAGAAUAAGUUCUCACUGUAAUAUUACUAUAUAUAUUGUACAUUGUAGUAUGAACAGGCACUUGUGAUCACAGCAAACGUUGGACAAGACAUGCAGAACUGACAACACAGGUUCUGAACAGCCCAGAACUGUGCCAUUGUCUCAGCUGAGUCGGGGCAUUGGGUGGCCAAGUCUUUUAAGAUGUCAAAAGUUGUUCUGCAGAGUUGCAACCUUCAAGCAUGUCAGUUCACAUGACUUCCUAUCAGCUACCAGACAACUGGUUUGUCUGACUGUUUUCUUUGACGAAUCACAUCAAAACUACAGGACACACAGCUUUCUUAUGCAGCCAUUUUGUUUUCACUGAGUAGACAGGCAAGCAUGCUAUCUGCCAAAGCUGAGAUCUUGUUCUCCUAUCCUGAGCAUUGAUAUUAGUGAAAUGCCAUGUGUAACAAGUUACAGAAGUGGAAUGUUCACUGUUGCCCUUUCUGUAAUAAAAGCGUCAUGGAAUUA